AUGCCCUGGCCAGGGAGCGAACUCGAACGUGCAGAGAACAACAACAAUCAUAUCAGUAACGCCGAUGCGGGCACCCCGGGCAGGCAUGACGGGAAGGAGAGAGAAUACAAGUGUUACUUCUGCGAAAAAACCUUUUCGCGAAAGUAUCGCCGAGAUACCCACGUCAGGUGUAUACACACCAAAGAGAAGCCGUAUCCUUGUCCACAUUGUUCGAAUACAUACGCCUCUCAGGACAAAGUUUGGAAACAUAUCAAUACUGCUCACCCUGACAUCGAUCCCUCCUACGACGUCGAUGAAGACGACUCGAGGAUGAUGGCCAACGAAGAAGUGGCCCUCGGGUUCUACAAUGAUCUGCAGGAACGCUUCGGACCGGAGCAUUAUCGCCGCUUCGGCGGAAUGUACUUCUGCAGGUUCUGCGCUUACACAAACGCGGUCUGCAAAAGUCUCAAAAAACAUUUCUACCAACAUCACGCUGCCAUGCGACCCUACGUGUGUUCCUACUGUCCGAAAACAUUCGCCGCGAGAAAGAAGAGGAGCGUCGCCGUCGAGGCCGUGGGCGUCUUCGACUCCGAUGACAAGGAUUGUCGGAAAGCUGGGGAGAACGAUUCGCGAAAAGAACAGGAAGAAGAAGAGGAACCGCAGCCAAUGCCCCCAGAGAACAACACCAAAGAAACCUCCAAAGAGCAAAACCGGACCCCACAGAGAACUCCGCCUCCCAGAGAAGACGAGAGAUUCAACAGUAAAAUUCACUGUGCGGGCAACGGCCGCCAGGUGGACGGCGUUUAUUAUUGUGCUCUGUGUGAUUUCCAGCAUUCUAAUUACGUCUCGAUCCGCGAUCACUUCUACAAGAACCAUCAGGCAGCGUCUCUUCUGAAAUGUUCUUUCUGUGAGAGACAAUUUAGCCGCGGAACGAGGCUCGAGGAUCACAUCCGAGCCAAGCACACUAACGAAAAACCAUUUACGUGUAAAAGAUGCAACAAAAAAUUCGCGUCUACUUCAGCGAGACUUAUGCACUACGAUCUCUUCUCGAAUAACGAGUUCUACGGCGAUAUUUCUCGUCUCAUGGAACGCAACAACAAUGCUCUCGUCGGCAAGUACGGUGAUUCGCUAACACAAGACGCCUCAGGUAAAAUGGCGAGAUUCAACCGGGAAAGCGACCUUCAGAAAGUCUUCCAGGAAGACGAAUACAUCGUCCGCGAUCCCGACGAAAGGUUCCGCUGCCUAUUCUGCGAGCACAGAACUUCGUCGCGAUCGCGUUGCCGAGAGCACGUGCGCACGCACACUGGCGUCAAACCGUAUCAGUGUGCGAUGUGCGGGCGCUGUUUCAACAAACGGGAAUGCCGCGACAAUCACGUGCGAUCACGGCACACGUUAGAGAAGCCUUACAAUUGCAACCUGUGUCCGAAAUCCUACUCGUCUUCAGCAGCCCUCGCAGUCCACCGCAAGACGUGUCGCAUUCGACACCAGCUCGCCAACGAGCAAACUCAGUAG